UAUCUAAUACCACCCGAAACCGUCAAGAUAUCAAGGCAGCAAGACCCCAAGAAAUUAAUAGUAUGACCAUGAAGAGCAAGUCACCAUUUAAGUCGUUUGCUGCCCCCUGCUGGCUGCGUGUUAUCCAUUGUAACUACGCAGCCACAGCCCCAGCUCGCACGGCCGCAGCUGAUCUCCCAUGUCAGAGCUGAUGCUCGAAAUGUUGCUCUUGUCGCCACACGCAGUGUGUUUGUGAAAAGUCCUGGCUGUCUUUUGAGGACGUCUUUUUUGUUUUUGAAUGUAACUUAAGCUGGGCUGCACAACCAGAAAUGGCUAGACUGCUCACACAACUAAAUCACUGAAUCACUUACUUGUUGACAGCUAGCCCAGUAACCGUCACUGUCUUUAAAAGUAGCAAAAAAGAAAGCAAACCACGAAUAUACGACGGCCUAAAGUUUACAGAGUGUUGUUACCCUUAUAUCCGUCUCAUUUAGAACAUAAAACGUCGAUUUUCUCUCAGUACAGAGCCGCUAAGCCGCCUACUUCCAACCUCAAAACACAAAACUGCCACAGAUCUCACGAGGCCACGCGCCGCGCUGAGGAAUUCCAUUGACCGCUGUAGCUGCGAGCCGGACUCUCGCUCUGGCUUCGGACGCUCUUCUGAUUGGCCGAGCGCGCCGAGAGCGAUCGCUGCUGGCCAAUCGCGGCGGUUCGGAGGAGGCUCUAUGCAAAUCAGACCCGCUGAGCCGCAUUCCUGCGCUGCCCGCUGCCAGUAAAAAGCCGCCGAGCUGCCGGGACCCUUCAUUCAUAUUUCAGCGAUCUCACUGCGAACACACGGCCUCUACAAGGAGUGUGACCCUCCAUAUACACACACACAAACGCACUCACUCACGAGACGGCCAGGAUAAGUAGGUUCCUUCAGCAGCUUCGCCAGUAACGCUUUGCUCAGAUGAAUGAAGGCGCUUUCGUAGUUGGUUGAAAAUAUCGUCUCAGACGUGAAGGCUCGCGAGAGAGCUGCCAAGAGAGAAGUUUCAGAAAAGAACGCGCGAGUGUCAGAAACGGCCUCGCGAGUGUCAGCUCUGCUGCCUCGAGGAGAAGAUUAUGGGGGUCGUCUGUGUAGAUUCAUUUAAUGGAUAGUUUGAUCCUGUCUCGGAGGCUUUAAAGCGAACAGUAUCAGCAAGUGGAACUUUCUCCGUCGCGAGGCUGCACGGAUACAGACAGACGAGCAGGCUGUCAGAACUGAGCCUGGCGGCCCGGUUUGGCAGACCGAACCACUUCACUGGCCGGAGGGAAGUCAGUCUGUGAACAGAAAGCGUUCGCAACUCGCGUCUGGAACCGUAGCCGCCAAAGCAGCGCAACAAAACAGGAUACCAAUGGUUUUUCUUUGGGACGCCAAAUACGACCCUGCCCCCGGGCGCCGCUUCACUCCCCCCUCCUCCAGCCUGGGUUCGGCUAAGCUGGCUGAGGCCCAGGAGGCCAGUGGCGCCGCCCUGGUGGCCAAAGUCCGCGUGGCAGAGCGGAAUAUGGUGGAGGUGCUGUCCGACCACCCUGGAGAGCUUGUGCGCACCGACAGCCCCAACUUUCUGUGCUCCGUCCUGCCCACACACUGGCGCUGCAACAAGACCCUGCCCAUCGCCUUCAAGGUGGUUGCCCUUGGCGAUAUCCCUGACGGCACACUGGUGACAGUGAUGGCGGGAAACGAUGAGAAUUACUCAGCUGAACUCCGCAAUGCCACGGCAGCCAUUAAGAACCAGGUGGCUCGAUUCAAUGACCUGCGCUUCGUGGGCCGCAGCGGACGAGGAAAGAGUUUUACUCUCACCAUCACCGUGUUCACCAACCCCCCCCAGGUGGCUACCUAUCAGAGAGCCAUUAAAAUUACCGUGGACGGACCCAGAGAACCACGUCGCCACAGACAGAAGUUGGAGGAAUCUGUAAAGCCCGGAGCACUGGCCUUCUCAGAGCAGUUGAGACGGAGCGCAAUGAGGUGCAGCCCCCACCAGGCCGCCGCCCCCAACCCCCGGCCAACCCUUAACACUCCCCCCUUCAGCAGCCCCACCCACAGCCAGAUACCUGACUCCAGACAAAUGCAGACAUCUCCAUCCUGGUCUUAUGAACAAUCCUACCCUUACCUGGGCCCUAUAUCUGCACCAGCCGUUCACCCAACAACGCCUAUCUCCCCCAGCCGCAACCCCAUACACUGUCCAGACCUGACAGCAUUCACUGACCCACGUGUGGGUCUGGAACGCUCCUUCUCCUCCAUCCCCUCACUCCCUGACAGCCGCUUCUCUGAUCCCCGCGUUCCCUACCCCACUGGAGCCUUCACCUACACCCCCACUCCUGUCACCAACGCCAUCGGCAUCAGCAUGUCUGCCAUGACCGCCCCCGCUGGCCGCUACCACACGUACCUCCCGCCACCCUAUCCUGCUGGCUCCUCCCAGGGCCAAGGUGGACCCUUCCCGGCCAGCUCUUCACCUUAUCAUCUCUACUAUAGCACCACUGCUGGUUCAUACCAGUUCUCCAUGAUGCCCGGGGGAGGCGGUGGAGAACGUUCCCCACCCCGGAUUCUGCCACCCUGCACCAACGCCUCUACAGGCUCCGCCCUUCUCCACCCCUCAUUGCCCAAUCAGAGCGACGUUGUCGUGGAGGCAGAGGGAAGCCACAGCAGCUCCCCAACUAACAUGUCCGCUGAAGCAGUGUGGAGGCCAUAUUGAGCGCUGGAUGACAGACUGGCAUGUUGACCAAUAAGAAGUUAAAGUUGGGCAGCUGAAUUAGGUGGGCUCUCACUGGAGCAGUGGACGAAGAACUAAUUUUACAUGGCAUGAGACUCAUCUUUGUUUUUCUAAAGAGUUGUGGAUAAUUUGUUUUAUUAUUGUUAUUAUUAUUAUUAUUAUUAUUAUUAUUAUUGUUGCAAUAAUAUUUCAACAUUAUGUUCCUAUUUCUCAAUGACACCAGCUCCUUCCAUUUUUACAGAAAUACACUGACAUGGCACUCUCAUCAAACUUGAAAACUAAAAAAAUAGCAAGUAAUCAGCUGCAUCAUAGUGCUGUUUCCAACGGAAUUUGUUUAAACUGUAAACCACCAAAUACAACAGUGAAACAUGUUUAGCUGUCAAAAUAAAAUCUUGGUUGCAGGCCUGUCCUCGGGGAACUUUUCACUUAACUCAUUUAACGACUUCUAGACAGUACUGCCUUUUCACUGACAGUGAGUGAAAGAGGAUUCAUGGUUGAGGAGGCCCCGCAUGAUGUCUAAGUUCAUGGCUGCUCGGGAUUAACCUCUGGAUCAGCCUGUCUGAUUCACAGAGCUCCUCAAGCUAAGUCUAGUGCUAUACUAACAACUCUAACAUUGGAGCAGUCCUCAUUGCCACGGGCCAUUUCCAUUCGAGAGUUAAAACAGACAUUGUGCUCUGUAGUACAUGCAUUUUACGAGGCUCUUCCCAGUCACUGCCUUUCAAGGUCUACCUCUCUCUGCUAAAUUUACAUCACAAAACAGUCUGCAUUUCAUAUUUCCACUUGAUCCUAGCAUAAAACAAUACGAUGGACGGUUUCGGAUGAAAUGGAAGAGACUCUGUCCCCCCCUCUGCUUUUGUGUAAAUAGACUGUAAACAAUUUCCUGAGAUCACUGGCCCAUAGCCAUUUGAUGAUGCCAUCGAGCACAUGACACUGUCCUUGACAUCUACAAACUAAAAACUAGCGAAAAUGCAGCUUAGCUUAUAUGUCUUUUUUUAGCACUGCUUUUUUUGUGAAUGUAAAACCUUUGUUUGUGAAGAAGCUAAUUGUUUGUAGAGCA